CUACCCGUUGCGAUUCUUCCUCCCCAUUCUUGUCUGGCCGCCAGGGACGCUUGUUUACCUUCAGCGUUUCCGGCUUUUGUCGACCCUUCGACCUCCAACUAACCACUAUCCUUUCUCAUUCCUUCAGUUGCUUGUUUUACGAUAUCUUCAUAUAUUUCCUGUUCUUCCUUAGCAAACCUGCCUGGCUAGGCUUGACCUACUUUUCCUUGCUUCGACGCUUGAGCAAUUCCGAAUUUCGCUUUUUCAUUAACGAUGCCUCAAUCACUCCGCAACCAGCCUUCCUUCAAUCGUCCAAGGACUUCUGACCGUCCUGGUACCCGGGAUGCGAAUGAUAAUCCUCUACCUAUCCCUAGCAGGACCUCGUCUUUGCAUAGUCGGAUCACACAACCAAUUCCUUCGACCUUGAACAUCAAGAUGCAACAGAGGACUCCAAAGACCCUCACACAUGCUUAUCUUGUUUGUGGAGUGGGUCGAGAGCCUUCUCAAUGGGUCAAAGCUCCACCUCCAGCUCAAGGGAAAAUCACCCAUAUUAAGGGUGCUGUCAACCAAUUCUGGCUUCCAGAGAUUCUUGGAAGUAGUCCUCGGUUGGAACAGGAUAACGAUAUUGCCCGUGCUCUUCACGCGGCUAUGCGGGCUUGCUUCCCUCAUGAUGUGGAGAUCUGCACUGGGCGUACGCAACCACACUGUGUGCACCAUACAUUUGUUUUGCAACAGGAUUCAUCCCAAACACUUUAUGGAAUCGCGCUUCGGGUUUGGUCCAGGGCAGAUGAGAAGCGUGCAGAGACAAUUCGUGAUCUCCGGAAGAGGAAUGAGCCCGACUACUACGACACUCCCGACGAGACCUAUUGGAUUCCUUAUGCUUUGAGUUUCUUAUCUAGGUAUCCAUUGUUCAAUCUUCUCGGAGACUAUUUACGGGGAAUGUGGAUUCAUUGGAACAAGGCUACUAAUCUGUUCCACGCCGAGGAGGUUUCGCGAAUCUUGAGUUUUCCCGCACCUCGUCUUAACGAUCUGGUCCGAAUUGAUAUGAAGGAUUAUGCUCUCUGUUAUCAAUUCCCUUCCUCGCCAACUGGGUUUCAAAAUUUUUCAAUGUGGCCUCUUUUCAGCUGUUUGUCAAUUCCCAAUAUUAUUGGUGUAAUUGGGGCUGCACUUUCGCCAACGCGCCGUGUGAUUUUUGUUAGUCACUACCCAGCGAUGCUUACUGUCGCAGCAGAGACCAUUCGUUUUUGCGUUCGGGUUUAUGAGUGGAGUGGGUUAUAUGUUCCGGUUGUCCAUGCACGCCAUGCGAAGGCCUUGGUUACUGAGCCCGGUCCAUAUAUCCUUGGAUUCACUGCCGAGUGUCGAAGCCUUUUCACGGCCCCAAGUGACGCUCUUGUUGUAGAUUUGGACAGAAAUUUUGUUAUGACAUCCUCUCCACCAACAGUUCUUUCUACUGGACAGCGCAAUAAGCUUAUUACGCGCUUGACACAAGCCCUUCGUGGUGAGGUUGCGAUUAGUGGCGUACCAACCCAUCUUCGAUCUGCAUAUGCAGGAGGUAAGCUUGUGCCUGCUGGUCAAAUCAUUGUAAUGCGUGGAGAAGUGGAAAGCAUUCAAGAUCCGGAAUGGUGGGACCAGGACGGCGUUAUGUCUGUUCUUGAUCAUGUAUGUGAGAAAAUGGGACGCAACACUGGCAUUAAGGCUAUUUUUGGAGGGUCCGUAAAGAAGCCCCUGAUGACCAAGGUUUCAAUGCGUCAUCUUAAUGAAAUUGUCCGGGAGAGGAACCAAUAUUCUCGUGAUGCCAUGGAGGCAUGGCAAGAUUUCAUCAAUCUCAAGGGGCGUAUGGAUACCGAGCUCCAGAAGGUCACUAAGAGAAAUAACUUCUUACUGGAGGAAGUUGAGAGCUGGAAGCAACAAUUUGAGAAAUUCCAAGCGUUCGCGGCACAGCUCACGAAGGAAGCUCAAGAACUCAAAGCCAAAAUCGAGACGCAUAAGAAAGAGAACCGUAGGCUUAUGAACCUCAUUGAUCAACAAAAGGCCGAUUCUGCUAGUCUCACAAUGCGUUUGGCCGGAACUGAGAAGCAACGUGACGAUGCCCUCGAGGCCCUGGUCAUGCAACAGGAAAUUGCCGAAGAGUUGGAGCGUGAGAGGAAGCGGAACAAGAAACAUCUAUCUGCCUUACAAGAGACCAAUGAGACCAUCCUUCGACAGCGGGAUGAGGCUCAGCGUGUAGUCAUUCACCUGCGCGCUCUUAUCGACGGUCAAGCUCAUCAUAUGGAGCAUAUUGUGCGCUCGCUCAACGAUGUACCAGAGGUUCAAGGAUAUAUUGAAGAAGGUUAUCCCUCGGAGGAUGAUGUUGAUAGGGGUCAGGCAACAGUAAGGCCCACCCCACUAGCUUCCAGGCGUUCUUCUCGCGCGUCUUCUAGGGCCGCAUCCCGCGCAAGUACGGUUGAUGGCAGAGGAUUGGAUGUCGAGGAUGUGAAUCCCGACAUGGAGAGGCGUUUCUUUAAUAGUCCAUUGUCCAUGAAACGAUUUUCUCAGAAUAGCGUCGCUGAUGUUGCGGAUCGUCAUUUGCGUGACAAGACUGAUGCGAUUGCGGACAUCAUCCGCAACAUUUCGGAGCAGUGCGCUGCCGCCGUCGAAGGCCUUCACCUAGCUCAAGUUGCAGCCCACGAGCCGCCUAAUUCGGAUUCUGAGGAGGAGGAGGAGGAAGAGGAGGAAGAGGACAACAGGGAAUCAACAUCGGGUACCCAUGAACGAGAAAUUCAUGACGAUGCUAGCCUCCUCAGUCCCAACGACGCACUGUCAUCCAUACCCCCUACUCCUGACCUCGUCCAUCAUCGCUCUUCGACUGCCAUGUCGAUGGCAUCUACACAGUCUCCCGAGCGUCUAUCAAUACAAUACCAAGAUAUCGACGUUCCCACCAAAAUUGCGGAGGCGGACGACACUGGGCUAAGUGGUGAUGAUGGUGUGUCUCACCAUAUCUCACUCGACGGUCCUCAAAAGGAAAACGCCAUCAAGAACACUGAAGGUAUCAUUAAUCGCGCCGGGGCCAGAGUUUCGGCUUUCGGCACGGGAUAGAUUGGUGCUUUUACGACAUGCUCAGAGUAGCGAAGUAUAAGUAGAUUGCGACUUUAUCAUGUCUGCAGUGUAAAUUAAGGGGCUUACGCUUUUUCAUUGAUUCUUCUUUUGUCCAAGCAUUUUUCAACAUUUUUCUUGUCGGUGAUAUGGGUUCUUGGGUGGGAUUUGCUUGUAUGGUUCGGUCUAGGGAUUGACAAAUGAUGGUGGUCGAGAGAAGUUUUAUGAUGGCUGUCUUUGUUUCCAUCUUUUUUUUUCCUCUUAACAUUUCUCACUUCACUUGUGUUUCUUAUGCUCAUAUAUAUACCCUUUCCCCUUUGUAAUUUGUGUCUUGAACUUAUAAACCUUUUUUCUCUUUUCC